UUUUAAUAAAUGGAAGCUUAAUGUUUUACAAGGAAAAUUUAAUUAAAUUAUAUCAGUGUUUCAUAGAAAAUUUGUCGACGCUAUGCGUAAGAUCUGCAACCGGUUGACCCAUAUUUUUUUUCUCGUUUAUCUGAACUUUAUCACUUUAUCACUUAUCCGUUUCCUUCAAGAGAUAUUUGGGCGUUUAUUUGUACUGAUCAUCGUUGCAAGCAAUAUAAUACAAGGACAUGGAUACCCGGAGGAUAUGGUCGCACAGGAGACGACCAUGGAGAACAUGCCAAACGAUGCGCCAAUGAUGGGUGAUUUUUAUAAUGUUAAAAGCAGAAAAGGUGGAAGACGUGUGUUCGCAGGAGGCUGUGUUCGUAUGCCAGAUGCACCUAUAAACGGCAAAAUUAAAUGCUCGUCAAAUAGCGGCUGCACAGCAACUUGCGCGCCGGACUACAAGUUUCCGAACGGUGCGUUUUAUCUAAAAAUCACCUGCAUUGAUAAGGAAUGGCACAUUGAAGGCACCGAAUGGAACUCGCUACCACAUUGCGAACCGAUCUGCUUGCCUGAGUGUCUAAAUAAAGGAAUAUGCAUCGCGCCUCAUCAUUGCGAUUGUCCCGAGCACUUUACUGGCCCGCAGUGCCAAUUCGAAGAUAGACCAUGUUUAAAUUAUCCCCCACCUGUGCUUAAUUCUCAUAAAAAAUGCAACUCAAAGACGUGCACCAUCUCCUGCCUGAAACAUUUUACUUUCCCGGAUGGUUCGUCUGUUACCAACUUGAUUUGCAAGAACGGAAGCUGGGAACCAACCAGGAGCGAUUGGGUAUCAAUUCCGGAUUGCGAACCCGUGUGCGAUCCACCUUGUCAAAACGGUGGCAAUUGUCUACCGACGAAUCUGUGCCAGUGCCCGCAGGAUUAUCGAGGACCUCAAUGUCAGUACUCUGCCAACGCUUGCGAUGCCGAGAAGCUGCGUUUCAAUGGCGGAUAUCACUGCACCGGCGUCGGCGAGACGUACUCCUGCACGCUGAACUGUCCGACGGGGGUGGAAUUCGAGUUUCCACCUGCCGCGGCUUACAUUUGCACCUACGAUAAGGGCACUUUCGAACCGCAGCCGAUACCGCAGUGCAAGGUCGACAACAACAUCAAAAUCAUCUCGCUCGGCACUUCCUACAACACCUAUGUACGAGAAUCGAAUCACUCCUGGUCGUUGCAAGAUAUCUACGGCAUGGGACACUCACAGAAGAUUAAUGGUGGAAACUGGCAGCAUGUUAUUCACGGAAGCAACGUGUCCUCGAAUCAGUAUAACACGCAUGACGGCCACAUAACAAUCAUCGAGAUGAGUCGACCGAGGCCGAAGACGUGCUUCACCUGGGGCGGCGCGCACUACAAGACCUUCGACGAUAGAGUCUACAGCUUUAACAGCGACUGCCCGCAUACGCUUCUUCAGGAGGCGCGAGACGGCAUCUGUACGAUCGUGGUAUCGAACAAUCCAGGCUGCGGAACAGGCUCGGAUCUUCGUUGCUCCAAAAUCAUCAAGCUGUUUGUGCACAACAAAGAAUAUACGCUUAGCAAUGACGAGACGGGUAUGCCGACGUUUUCUAACAACAAACGAUCGUUGCCGAUACCGGCGUACCUGCCCGGAUUGCGCAUAGACAAAUCCGCGCAUUUCAUCCUCGUCUCCCUCGACUCGCUGGGCGUGAAACUGAAGUGGGACGGCGCUCUGCUACUGCAGAUCGAGGCUUCCGAGAGUAUGUGGAACAAAACGGCUGGUCUGUGCGGCACGAUGAACGACGAUCAGAACGAUGAAUUCUUAAUGAAGAGCGGAAGUUAUGCGAAAAGUAUAUCGGCGUUGGCGAACUCUUGGCGCGUUGAGGAUCUUGGAGAAACAUGCGACAAUUAUCCGAAUAUGCAACACGCGUGCGAAUCGAAAGAUGAAUACAUUCGAGACGCUUAUGAAUUCUGCAUCAAGCUGCUCUCCAAUCAAAAAUUCAAGACUUGCGCCAGUACAAUCAAUCUGUCCGAACUGACCGAGGCAUGCUUGUGGGAUUAUUGCGUUUGCAAAUACGAGGACAGGAGGAAAUGCGCUUGCGAUACUAUGGACGUUUACAUUCGCCAAUGCAGUCACAAAGGAAUCGCGCUAUUAACCGGAUGGAGGAGCAACGAUACUUGUCCGAUUCUCUGCGACGGCGGCCGAGUGUACAUGUCAUGCGGCCCAAAGGUGGAAGCGUCUUGUUUCUCCGGUGUUGAGACGAGCGACAGUUCCGAGUGCGAGGAAGGCUGCUUCUGUCCGACGGGUACCUUGGAGCAUCAGGGCAAAUGCGUUUCUCCGGAAGAGUGUCCGUGCCGAUUGAGGGGUAAACUGUUUCAACCGGGUACGAGCGUGCCGAGGGGUUGCAACACUUGUACUUGCACCUCCGGCAAAUGGGUUUGCACGCAAAUACGAUGCGGCGCCAGAUGCGCCGUCGUAGGCGAUCCGCAUUACACUACGUUCGACGGCAAGCACUACGACUUCAUGGGAAAGUGCAAAUACUAUUUGAUGAAGGGAGAGAAUUAUACAAUCGAGAGCGAGAACGUUCCGUGUUCCGGAGCAAUAUCAGAGAGCAUGGGCUACGCUGCUGUUGGCUCUCCGUCGUGCACCAAAGCCGUUACGAUCAAUUUCAGAGAUAAUUCUAUAAAAUUGAAGCAAAAUCACCAAAUUACGGUGAAUGGCGACGAGGUAAUGAAGUUUCCCAUGUUGCUGAACGAUGCUCGAAUACGAAUUGCGAGCAGUAUAUUUAUAGUGAUUCACUUGCCAAAUGCUUUGGAAGUAUGGUGGGACGGUGUGUCGCGCGUUUACAUUAACGCUCCGGCUGAAUUCCACGAUCAAACGAAAGGACUCUGCGGAACAUUUACUGAAAGUCAAAAGGACGACUUCGUGACACCCGACGGCGACAUCGAGCCCGUGGCGAUUGCCUUUGCUAAUAAAUGGAAAAUGAACGAAUAUUGCGUCGAUGAGCCUGAGAGCGAAUCGAAACAUCCUUGCGAAUUAAAUCCUCAACGGCGAGCAACCGCAGAGGAAUAUUGUUCUAAGAUGCACAGUAAUAUUUUCUCAGAUUGCCAUUGGUACGUCGAUCCAGCGGAAUUUCACCGAGACUGCGUGUAUGACAUGUGCGCGUGCGAGACUGACAUAAAAUCGUGCCUCUGUCCGAUAUUAGCAGCGUACGCGAAAGAUUGCGCGGCAUUGGGCGUGAAGCUUUCGUGGCGUGCCGAGAUUGACGAGUGCAAAAUUCACUGCAGCGGUGGGCAGACUUAUCAAAUUUGCGGGAACAGCUGUACGAGAUCGUGCGCGGACAUAUCCUUUUAUCGGGAUUGCAAGCAAGAGUGCGUGGAAGGCUGCAAUUGUCCGGAAGGUCAAACGUUAGAUGUGAAUGGCGAGUGCAUUCCGAUCGCUCAGUGUCCCUGCGUGCACGCGGGUCGCGAAUACAAGCCUAAUCAUCGAGAAGUCCGUCCGGGCACCAAAGGACAAGAGUUUUGCUCUUGCAUAGCCGGUGUAUGGGAGUGCCGAUUAGCGACGCCGGACGAGAUUAAAGAAUAUCCAUCGGUGAAAGAUCUUCUCUCCGUUUGCCAAGCCAGUAAGCAUUUGGAAGUGACGGAUUGCCAGCCAGUGGAGCAGAGAACUUGCAGUAAUAUGCAUGUAGCGAGCGAACUGAUACCAUCGGUGUGUACGUCCGGCUGCGUCUGCAAAUCCGGAUACGUCUUAGACGCGCCGAACGGUGCGUGCGUCAAGAAGGAAGAUUGCCCCUGCCAUCACGGCGGAAAGAGCUACAAGGAAGGCUCGGUUAUACAAGCCGAGUGUAAUACUUGCACAUGCGAAAGCACCAAGUGGAAGUGCACGGACAGAACUUGCGCAGGAGUCUGUUCUGUGUGGGGCGAUUCGCAUUAUAAAACAUUUGACGGGAAGAUGUACAAUUUCCAAGGCAUAUGUGACUAUGUCUUGGUGAAGAGCUCGUUAAGCAAGGAGGAGUGUUUUGACAUCUCUAUUCAGAAUGUACCUUGCGGUACAAACGGAGUCGCAUGCUCCAAGUCGAUCAAGCUUACGGUCGGAAGCGGUGAACAGCAAGAAGAACUUAUUUUGACGAAAGGAAAGGAACUACCUAAAGGAUCUUUUAAGAGAAUGACGAUAAGGAUCGCUGGUGUUUUUGUGUUUGUCGACGUGCCAGAUUUAGGAUUGGUAUUACAAUGGGACAAAGGUACCAGAGUCUAUGUGAGAUUAAAUCCAGAAUGGAAAAGUCGCACGAUGGGUUUAUGCGGCGAUUACAACGACAAUGCCGAGGACGAUUUCAAGACGCCGUCCGGCGGGAUAUCCGAAGCUUCGGUCAAUUUGUUCGGCGACUCGUGGAAGAAGAACGCAUUCUGUCCCGAGCCGAAAGACAUGCCGGACGACGCCUGCGAGCAGCAUCUGGAACGUAAGCUGUGGUCGCUGCGACGCUGCAACGUGCUGAAGUCACCAUUGUUCUCGCCGUGUCACUCAGAAGUCGCGGUCGAGCUGUAUCUGCAGAACUGCAUCUUCGAUACGUGCAGCUGCGACACCGGCGGCGACUGCGAAUGCCUGUGCACGGCAGUGGCGGCGUACGCGCAAGAAUGCAACGCGCGAGGCAUCCCCGUGAAGUGGCGAACGCAAGAACUCUGCCCGUUGCAGUGCGAUGAAGGAUGCAGCACGUAUUCGCCUUGCGUCUCGACUUGUCCGCGCGAGACGUGCGACAAUCUGAUGACUGUGAAAGACGGCUCGCACCUGUGCACGGAGGAUACCUGCGUGGAAGGCUGCCAGUUCGAGUCCUGCCCCGAAGAUCAAGUGUAUCGAAACGCUAAUUAUACAGAAUGUAUACCCAAAUCGACAUGCGCGAAGCCAAUCUGCGCCGAGAUCGACGGAGUGACGUACUACGAGGGCGAUCGGGUCAGCGGUGACGAUUGCCAGAGCUGCUUCUGCAGCCGUGGCAGAGUGAUCUGCAAGGGAGAGCCUUGCACUACUACUACUACUACUAUUACUACUACUGUAGCUGCUACCGUCACAGUGCCCUUGGCAGAGCCUCAGAAAUGCGUGGACGGUUGGUCUGCGUGGAUCAACAAGGAUCCAGCGGUGAAAGGAAAGAAGUUCUUGGACGUGGAACCGCUGCCCAGCUGGAUGGAUCUCGCCAACGUGAAUAGACUCGCGGUUUGCGACAGAGAGCACAUGAUUGACAUAAAGUGCAGAUCUGUCAAGGGACAUCUGAGUCCGAAGGAGACCGGUCUGGAUGUGGAAUGUAGCCUGGAGCGCGGCUUGUAUUGUCAAUCGCAUGCGAAUCUUCCUUGCGUGGACUUCGAGAUCAGCGUGUUGUGCCGCUGCCACGACACAUCGGUCAUCGUCGAGAAUGUGACAACGGAAGUCAGCACAGGAGGCGGGCAAGAGAAAUGCGACGAGACGCGGCCGAAUUCGCCGCAUCCGACCAACUGCCAGCUGUUUUACCACUGCGUUUCCACGCCGACGGGAUACGAGCUGGUGGAGAAGUCGUGCGGUCCCGGCACUCUGUACAAUUCGGAGACUCAAGUGUGCGAUUGGCCAGCGGAGGUUCUGCGGACACGGCCGGAGUGCUCGGUUGCGCCUGGACGAACCACACAAGCCGGCGACAAGACCGAUUGGAGCAGCAACACCGGCACCAAAUACGAGAGCACGCUGACGACGUCGGUGAAGAAGACGGUGUCGACCACGCACGUGUGCAAGGACGGCGAGACGUGGAGCGAGUGCGCGAUUCAGUGCACCAGAGCGUGCCAGUACUAUCGGCACAUCCUGACGACGCAGGGUCUUUGCGGCGAAGCUGCCGAUUGCGUCGCAGGAUGCGUAUCGAUCGACCAGCCGACGUGUCCGUUGCAUAAAUUCUGGAGGGACGGCGUCACCUGCGUGGAGGCGAAUCACUGUUCCUGCACGUCUCACGACGGAAUCUCGGUCGCGCCGGGCGCCAUCAAGAAAGAGUCCGAUUGCGAGACCUGCCAGUGUGUGAAUAAUUAUUACACGUGCGACACGACUUCCUGCGGCGAAACCUCAAGCGGUACGAAAUCAACCGCGCAACCACCACUUACGACUCAGAGCUCUUGGAGAACAACGUCCAUCGAAGAGCACACGAUUCUAAACAGCACGGUCACUCCACCCGCGGGGUGCGACGAAGCGAAUUACGUUCCGUUGAUGCAGAAUCUGCGAAAGGAAGUGACUGUUCGCGCCAGCGACAGCAAGAAUUCCAUAUUACAGCUUGAGGAUCUGCUGAUGUACACGGAGGGAAGCUUGCUUACAUUUGGAAAAUUCUGGGAACCGGAGACAACGGACGCAAAUCAAUGGCUCGACGUUAUAUUCGGCAGACCUGAACCGAUUUACGGUGUGAUACUGCAAGGCGGCGUCACCGAAGAUAAAUUCGUGACCAGUUACAAGGUGCUUUUCUCCGAGGACAGUCAGACCUUCUCGUACGUGCUCGAUCACGGAAAGGAGCCGCGUGUGUUCAGAGGCCCCGUCGAUAAAAUCCAUUCUGUGAAGCAAAAAUUCUAUCAACCGAUUGAGGCGAGGAUAAUUCGCAUCAAUCCGCUGACGUGGCACAACGGUAUCGCGAUCAAGCUGGAGAUACUGGGUUGUCAGGAUCGCGUAACAUCAACAACGGUAAAGCCCGUGAGACCGGUGUGCGAGGACUCGAUGGGACUGGACAACGGACUGAUAGCUAUUGAACAAGUUUCGGUGUCGAGCUCCCCGCAGUUCCUUCACAAUCUUCCGUUAUCCUCGGAAGGCGCGUGGCGCGCCGCCUUGGACAAUCCGCAUCAGUACGUUCAAUUCGACUUUCUGGAGGCUCGAAAUUUGACCGGGGUUGCAACGAAGGGCGGCGACGGCGCUUGGACAACCGCUUACAAAAUAUUCUACAGCAACGACGGACGCCAUUGGAAUCCGAUCGUCGACGAAGACGGCAACGAGAAAGAGUUCCUUGGUAAUUUCGAUACGGAAAGCCGGCAGACGAAUUUCUUCGAGAGACCGCUGCACGCGAGAUUUCUGAGAGUACAGCCCGUUAAAUGGCACAUUCAUGUGGCAUUGAAGAUCGAAAUUCUCGGCUGCUACUUGGCGUAUCCUGUGUUGGAGACUACUGCAAUCAAAUCAACAACGACAACGUACGAGCAACGUGAAUGCAACGUGUGCGACGGAAUCGAGGAAACAUCGAGCGACGAAAAUUGCAGAUGCAAGGAUCCUCAUUGGUGGAACGGAGAAUCGUGCGUACCGAAGUCCGAGUGCCCCUGCGUAGUCGGACACGUUUCUUACGCGGUGGGCAGUGCCUACGAAACGGAGGAUUGCCAGGAGUGCGUGUGCGCUUUAGGCGGAACAGCCACGUGCUCGCCGAAGAAAUGCGAGCCCUGUCGAGAACCCAGUUUGCGAUCGGUCGUCAGCGAGCUUUGCACUUGCCUGUGCAAACCCUGCCCGGCUUCCACUAGGCUCUGUCCCACGAGUGACGUUUGUGUCAACGAGACUGCGUGGUGCGAUGGCGUUCAGGAUUGUCCAGAUGAUGAGAAGAAUUGUCCGGAAAUAGUCUUCACGACGUCCAUUGCGACGGAAACGAGUAUUCAAGAAGUCACGACUCCCGGCACUACUCAAGUCACUCCGUUACGUUGUGAAGAACCUAUCUGUCCGCCUGGUUACAGAAUUGUCUUCAAGCAGUCGUCCCGGCUGCGCGACAAAGCGCGUCGCGAUGUGAAGACGAAUGUAAAGUCCAAGGGUCGCAACGGUCGCAAGGGUUUCUUCGAGACGAAAGGAAGCAGGAAGCACCCGAUCUACAAUCGCCCCGUGAAAGACCAAGCUUAUCAGCAAUCAACGGAGGACGUCGAGUGUCUCGAGUUCAUCUGCGUACCCGACAAGUUUCCGCCCUUGCCUCCCGGUAAGGACAAGCCGAAGAAGUGUCCAGAAGCAUCGUGUCCGCCGCAGUACGAGGUGGUGUACGAGAAGAUAAGCAUGUACAAGAUGCACAAGUGUCCCAAGUACAUAUGCCGCCCGUUAACUCCGCAGGAAGCCGUCUGCAACGUGAAGGGGAGAACAUUUAAUACGUUCGACAACAUGGAGUACAAGUACGACGUCUGCAAUCAUAUACUAGCGCGAGAUAUGUACGGUAACGAGUGGUACGUCACGCUGGAGAAGCAGUGCGUCGAGUCGCUUGGACAGCGGCAGCGCUGCACGCGGAUCUUAGUUGUGACGCUGAACGAGCGCGUUAUCGUCCUCUAUCCGGAUCUGCACGUGGACAUCGACGAGCACACUUUUACGGCCAAGCAGAUCGCGCGUUUCGGAAAUCGGAUUCCCGAUUUCGGACUCUCGCUUACGGGCGACAGGAUCGUCUUUGUCUCGCAUCGCUACGGCUUCUGGGUGAUCUGGGACUCGAGUACCAACGUGAAGAUCGGCGUCGUCGCGAAACUGGCGGGUCGCGUGGACGGCCUGUGCGGAUACUUCGACGGUAACGUGACGAACGAUCGCCAGACGCCCGAAGGAACGCAGGCGAGGAGCACCAUUCAAUUUGGAAACAGCUGGGCGAUGGAAGACACGCCGGAAUGCGACCAGCAUGUCUGUCCGCGCGACGUUCAGGAACAAGCCUGGACGAUUUGUAAAUCCGUGAAGAGUUCAACGUUACUGGACGCGUGCUCUGCGGUCAUCGAUUUCGACAGAUUUGUGUCUCGCUGUGUGGAGACCUCAUGUUCUUGCCUGCACGCCUCUAACAACUCCUACGAAGACUGCCGGUGUCGCUUACUGACGAGCUUCGUCGGCGAAUGCGAGGCCGCCGGCGUUUCUGACGAAGAUCUGUUACGAGAUUGGAGAACCAUUUACGACUGUCCCGCGCAUUGCCCGCCGCCGUUCGUCCAUCGGGAUUGCUUCCGCAGCAAAUGCGAAAUCACCUGCGACAAUCUGCACGAGGUGGAACCGUGUCCGCCGAUGCGGGGCGUUUGUUUCCCCGGUUGCUUUUGCCCGGACGGUUUGGUGCGUCGAAACAACGAGUGCGUGCCGCCAGCUCAUUGCCGAGACUGCAUAUGCGAUGGUCUCGGCGAUGGUAAGUUCAUCGGCUUCGACCGUAGAGAUUUCAGAUUUGCCGGCAACUGCACUUAUUUACUGUCGAGGAACGUCGUAGCGAGUACGAAGAAUCAGAACGAGGCUCGCACGUAUCAAAUUUUGAUCACCAACAAGAAUUGCGUUACCGGAAUUUGCACGGAGGCAAUCACGCUCCUCUAUGAAAAGCACGUGGUGCAGAUAAGACGUGCGGAACACCUGAAGGAUCUGCGCGUAUCGAUCGAUGAUUCGCAAGUGGAAGGAUUUCCGCGCAAUCAUACAUGGAUCGUUCUGGACCAAACACCGGCUGGAGAUGUGACUCUGCUGAUAUCGUCUGUCCAACUGGAACUCAUCGCUUUUCAACAUAAUUUUGCAUUCACUUUGAAACUACCUUCGCACAUUUUCAGCGACGUUACCGAAGGUCUGUGCGGUAAUUGCAACGCCGAAACGGGAGGUGGUUUUGAGAAACGCGACGGUAAGAUUACUAACGACGUCGAGGAGUUCGGCAAAUCUUGGCUGAUCGAGGAUCUAUCUACACAAUUGGGUCUAAGCGAUCAGACGUGCUCCAACAGUCAACAGCCUCAAUGCACGUCUCCGCCAGCAAAUCAAGAUAUCUGUAAGAAGAUCCUGGAUUUGCCGGAGUUUACACAAUGUCAUAACAUCGUAGAUCCAAAACCAUAUUUAGAUUGCUGUCACGACGCGUUAUGCACCGGCGGAAAUUACUGCGACAGCUUGGAGAUGUAUGCGAGGAAGUGCUCGGAAACUGGUCUGUGUCCAGCUUGGAGAACCAAGGAGAUCUGUCCGUACGAAUGUUCUACAGGUUUUGUCUAUCAACCAUGCGGCUCGAGUUGCAAAGAAACAUGUGACACUUUGAACAAAUUGGACAUGUCGGACGAUGCGAAGUGUACGUCUAUUCCCGUCGAAGGAUGCUUCUGCCCGGAAAAUCAUGUAUUCCACAAUGAUUCCUGCAUACCGAAGAAAAACUGUUUCGUCUGCGAUAAGGACGGUCACGUGGAGGGAGAUAUCUGGCAUCCUGACAAAUGCACCGAAUGCAGCUGCAACGUUGGGAUCGUGAGUUGUCAAAAAACGGAAUGUCCUGUAUUAGAUACAAUCUGCGAGGAAAACAUGACACCUGUGCUCAUCAAUGGAACCGAAGAAAGAUGCUGCGCCAAGUAUUUGUGCGUUCCGAAACCGACAGCACCCACUGUGUGCGUUGAGUCGCAAGAACCAGAGUGUGGCUUUGGUCAGAUAAUGAAAGCAGUUACCGAUGUUGAUGGGUGUCACAAAUUUAUAUGCCAAUGUCUACCUGCAAGUGAAUGCCCCAUUUUUGACGAGCUUACGAACGAAGUUCAGCAAUUGCCUGGUUUCAUACAAGUGAUGAAUACAUCCGGUUGUUGUCCGCGACCCGCUAAAAUAUGCGAUCCGAAAACUUGUCCUUCCGCACCGGAUUGUCCAGAUUACUAUAAUGUCACUACAACUAUGCCUAGAGAUAGCUGUUGUCCAACUUAUGAAUGUGUGCCCCGGAAGGAUAUUUGUUUAUAUACAAGUAACGAAGAUCGAAAUAAUCAACGUGUAACAGCAAAACAAAUUGGGGAGGAAUGGAAGGACGGUAAAUGCAAAACGUGUGUGUGUGAGAACUCCCAUGAUGGUGCUAAAUCAAAUUGUUUAAUUACGGAGUGUCCAAGUGUGAACACGCAUCCUGAUGUAAACGAUUAUACAUUGGAAGAAAUACUAUUGGAUGAUAAAUGCUGUCCGAUCUUUGAGCGUACUGCCUGCAAAUGGAAGGACAAAAUAUAUAAUAUUGGCGAAAGUUGGAAACCUAAUAUCGAAAAUGCUUGUCUCGCGAUGCAAUGCAACAAAGAUUCGAGUGGUGUACAAAUGCUAACUAAAGUACAAGAAUGUAACACUGUGUGUGACGAAGGUUACAAAUAUGAAGCGUCUAUUGACACUAGUAGUAGUUGUUGCGGCACUUGUGUUCAAGUUGCGUGUAUUGUAAAUGGCAUGCUCAAGAAUGUUGGGGAACAAUGGCACUCGGACGACCAUUGCGUGGCGUACUUUUGUGAAUCUGCGAAUGCAAAUAUAUACGUUCAAGCAAGCACCGAAACUUGUUCAGAGAUUGAUCCGCAAGUGGAAUCCGAAUUUGAGAUAGAAACGCGCGAAAUUCCAGGGAAAUGCUGUCCAGAAAUUGUCAAAACCGCUUGCCGUAGCGAUGGAAAGUUGUAUAAACCUGGAGAAAAGUGGAGAUCUCCCACAAAUAGCUGUAUCAUCGAGACAUGCGUAGCUGAUCCGAAUAUAACGAAACAUACAGAAGUUGAAGUGUGUACGAAGCAGUGUGCUCAAGGAUGGUCGUACCAGGAAGCAGAAGAUGGUAAAUGUUGCGGGGAAUGCAAACAAGCGUUUUGCGUAUUUGAAGAUACUUUGUAUUCUCCUGAUAUGACAUGGACGUCCGACGAUAGUUGUACUACUUAUUCGUGCAUAGAACAAAAUAAACAGCUAUCACUUGUUAUAAGUCCAACUGCUUGUCCAGAUAUAACAGAUUGCCCCAGUGAAUCGAUUUAUUAUGAUCAGUGCUGUAAACGAUGUAAUUUGAACAUUGAAGAACAGAUUAAGAAAAAUUGCAAAACUAUUAUGAUAGAUACAAAUAGUACUUUAGGUAUGCUGGUUGUAAAUGAUCCAGUACAUGGAAAAUGCAAAAACUUUAAUGCUAUUGAAGGUAUUAAGCAAUGCAGUGGAACGUGUCAGUCUUCAACAUCCUUUGACAGCGAUAAUUGGAAGCAAGUAAGUGAUUGUCGAUGUUGUCAAGUAGAAAAUUACAUUGCAAUCACUGUCAGCUUAAUGUGCGAAGAUGGCAGAAGAAUAAAAAAACCACUAACAACACCAAGUUCCUGUUCUUGCCAAAAUUGUGCAUCUUCGGAUAUUAAAUACGAAAACAAAAAAACGAAAACCAAGAAAGUUAGUCCAUAAAUAUAUAAAGUAUGUUCUUUAACCAAUUAUUUUGUAUUCACAUCUUUGAAUAAAAGU